CAGGAAAACAAAAAAAAUCUGAACUAAAUUAAGAUGUAAUAGCAAUGCAUGAAUAGUUCCCUGAUAAACUUUGAAUUGUUUCUGUGAUUUAGAUUUUUUUGGCACAUGAUAAAAAAAUAAAGUGAAUAUAGAAUUUUUGCAAAGUAGAUAACCAAUAGAGAUUUUCACCAUUUUUUUGUUUCCUUUAUGAGAAUAAGAAGUCUAGGUCCUGUUUUCUGAUUUUCACAUGUUUAUAUAAGUAUAAACAAAAGUAAAAAAAAUUGCAAGCCAUUGAAUUAUAUUAUGUAUAUAUUUUAUCUUUAGAAAUAAAUUAUGGCUGUAAAUACUGGAGCUGGUUGGCCUCAAACUACUAACACUAACACAUACAACAACGCACCCGUUUCUUUGGAGCGUACACUUUAUCUCUAUCCAUUGAGCAAUUAUACGUUUGGGACCAAAGAGGCGCUAUACGAAAAAGAUAGUUCUGUUCAAGCAAGAUUUCAACGUAUGCGUGAUGAAUAUGAUACACUGGGUAUGAGAAGAAAUGUAGAGGGUUGCUUGAUUGUUCACGAGCACCAGCUUCCACAUAUUUUGCUUCUUCAGCUUGGUACAACGUUUUUUAAGUUGCCAGGUGGAGAACUUAUGCCUGGUGAAGAUGAUAGCGAAGGCUUGAAACGCUCAAUGACAGAAAUGCUUGGACGACCAGAUAUGACUGAAAAAAUCAAUUGGCAGGUAGAAGAUGUUUUAUCGAACUGGUUUCGGCCAAAUUUUGAAACACCAAUCUACCCAUACAUUCCUGCACAUAUUACAAAGCCAAAAGAGCAGAAGAGAAUAUUUCUCACUCAACUCCCAGAAAAAGCUGUUUUUGCUGUACCACGGAAUUACAAAUUAGUUGCAGCUCCUUUGUUUGAGCUUUUUGAUAAUCCUCAAGGGUAUGGGCCGGUUAUUGCAACACUGCCAAGUUUACUGAGUAAAUAUAACUUUAUAUACAUGUAAUGUUGUGUACUUGAUGUUUUUGCUGCCCAGAAUGACAUGGACAAACAAUUGAAAAGAAAUUGUUCUACCAAUACCAGAUGAUAUUGUGACAUUGCGAUGUUUCAUUUUUAACAGACUUACAUCAGCUUUUUAUUUUUAUUAUUUGAACUAUCAUUGGUUGUAUGUGUUAUACACCUCAAGUUAAUACAAUUUCAUCUUAUUCACAAUUUA